CAUUCUUUGGCGCGAAAAAUCCACCCCGGACCCUUCCGCUCGGUUUCUCACGCAUCAUCCCCAACAUCCUCCAUUCCCACCACCGACCUGCCCUCGUCCAAAUGACGUCCGCCAUCCCCCAGCCUCUUGGGGCUCUCUCCUCUCGAAAGCCUCUUAGUCUAUCUUCCGUUGAUCGAACACAAUGGAGCCCUCCACAAUGCGUCGUCUCGUGGACCGCUUCCAUCGCCCGUGUCGCCCGGCGUGGCCUUCUCCUCGACGCCGCCUUCGCUUUCUCUGGCAUGCUUUCCGCUGGCGUCCAGCCCAACCAUGUCACCCUGGUCACCCUCCUCUCCGCGUGCGCCGACUUCCCGUCCUCCUCCUACGCCCUCCCUCUGGGCCGCGCCCUCCACGCUCACGCCCUCAAGUGCCGGCCCGUCCCUAGCCGCUGCGGCGGCGUUCACGAUCCGCUUGUCCUCGCCACUGCCCUCGUCGACUUGUAUGCUAAGUGCGGCCGGGCGGACCUUGCUCGCGGAGUGUUCGAACGAAUGCCCGUUAAAAACCUGGUCUCUUGUAACACUAUGAUCGCCGGGUACAUGAGGAACGGCGAUGUUGAUCAGGCUAUCUCUAUGUUUAACGAAAUGCCAAACAGGGACAGGGUGUCUUGGACGGCAGUGAUCGAUGGUUGCGUUAAGAAUGGCCUCCUCGACGAGGCACUGGAACAUUUUCGAGAAAUGCAGCUCUUUAAGAUUGAUCCUGAUUACGUCACGCUUAUUGCGGUGAUCGCUGUUUGUGCUGAUCUUGGAGCACUUGCGCAGGGGCUCUGGGUCCACCGCUAUGCUAUGCGCCGAGAUUUCCGGAACAAUGUUAGGCUGGGAAAUUCUCUCAUAGACUUGUACUCGAGAUGCGGACGGGUGGAUUUUGCUCACCAACUGUUUGAACGAAUGCCUAAGAGAACUCUGGUUUCAUGGAAUUCGAUGAUUGUUGGCUUUGCAAGCAAUGGGUGCUGCAGGGAGGCUCUUGAGCACUUCGAUAUGAUGCGUAGGGCAGGGUUUGAGCCCGACGGAGUUAGUUUCACAGGUGUGCUUACUGCCUGCAGCCACGCUGGUUUGGUAGAUGAAGGUUUCAUGUACUAUGAUCUCAUGAGGAAAGAUUAUGAGAUUCCUGUGAGGGUUGAGCACUAUGGAUGUGUGGUGGAUCUUCUUGGCCGAGCUGGGCGGUUGGAGGAGGCAAUGCACGUUGUGGAAGGUAUGCCGAUGAGGCCAAAUGACGUGGUGCUGGGUUCUCUACUGGCUGCUUGUAGAAUGCAUGGGGAUGUUUGGUUGGCAGAGAGGCUGAUGGGAUACCUUGUCGAGUUGGAGCCUGAAUGUGAUUCGAAUUAUGUGCUCUUGUCAAAUAUGUAUGCUGCAAUUGGGAGGUGGGAAGGUGUGGGUGAAGUCCGGAACAAAAUGAAGGCUAUUGGGAUUAAGAAGAGACCGGGUUUCAGUCAAGUGGAGGUUAAUUGUGAUGUUCAUGAGUUUGUGGCUGGAGAUAGGUCACACCCACAGUCUGACGACAUUUAUCAGAUGCUUAACCUGCUUGGACUUCAAAUGAAGCUAAAUGGCUAUGACCCCCAAGCUACUAUGGACAUACCAUGGGCCUGCGAGUGAUUCCACUGGAUUCCGAGAAGCCCGUGCUAAUCCAUGGAGACACGAAACUACAUGCCGGCUUUAUGAUAGUCACCAUGGAAGCGAUGCAGUCAUAUUGCAGAUAACGGAUCGUCUGGAAGCAUCGCCAUAGACAUCUCUGAUGAAGCAAUGGUGGAUAGGCUAAGCUAUCUGGGUAGCGACCAAGGUGGAGCUACUGCUUGAGGUGUGCCAAUCCAUUGAUUUAUUUGAAUAUGAAUCUGCCAGACGAAACCAGAUGAAGGAGCACGCUUUCCAGAGGGAAUUCUGCAGAACUUUGUUCUAAAGAUUGCUACUAGAGAUGAACAAAGCCUGCGAGUACCUGUUUUGCCUUAGAACAUGUAAUUCAAAGUUUUCUUGUGGAAUC